GGUUAGUCCCACAUAUGCAGCAGAACCGAGGGCAUCUGAAGUGAUCAAACAACUUCGGAUUUUAAGGGUAUCAAACCUCCAGAUUGACAAUAUGAUGAACUCUUCCAACUUCUUCCUGUGUUGUCUCGUCACAGUGGCUCUAUAUUUCACCUUCCAUCACACAGGCCCCUCUCUAGAUGUCAUGCCAAAACCAGGGCGAAAGUUGAGCAUGUCAAUCCCUCUCGUCCAGCAUGAAGAUCACAAAAUCAAGGUGGCAGAUGAGGCAAUGGAAAGUUCCUCUGCUGAGGAUGAUCCCAUGGCACUACAGUAUACAAGCAACAGUAGCAAUCCUCAUGAUCUAGUCUACCACAUAGAUUACCAUGGAGUAACAACUCAUCCAACUCCUAAACAUCCCAGACCAUAGGUUGCAGCUUUAAUUUUCAUGGGAAAGAGAUUUACGCAAUCGUCUAUCACUUCUAUGAUAAUUUUAAUCUACAUAUGAAUGCAAUGUAUUUCGUGGGGUAGAAAAGAAAGUUUUGUUCCAUGGCUUAUCCCAUUUGCACAACAAAGCGAUAUAUAGAAUACCUUGUAGCCCUUAGCUUACAGAACAAUCAAAGUGGACGAGUUGGCUGACCAAGCAACUAUGAAUGUCAGACAUAUUUCACCAGGCAACUAAGAUAUGACAUUUUCUGGCUCAACCAGUAGAAAUUGAAGAACUUAAAAACGUUAGAAUUGAAUAAAUUACACAAAAUCCCAUAAAUUUUCCUGAAAUUACG